AUGUCUCUGAUUGUUCUUCCGUUCGAGGACUACUAUAAUGAGCUGAUCUCCCGCCCUUACACGAUCGACGAGGCGCUUUUGGACGUCCAGCGCGGGGAGACCUGCGCGCGCGAGCGGAUUCAGGAGGACGCCGAUGCCGACUUUGCCGACAUGCUCCACAUCGCGGGGGUGUGGAUUGGGGAUAAGAAGUACUACCAGAGCGGCAACGUCCCCUGGAUGAGCCGCCAUGCCCUGGUGUUGUACAAAAAACAGCGCGAGGUGUGGUUUCCCGCGACCCUCCCCAUUUCCGUCCAGCCGGGCAAACGGCAGGGCUUCCCUCACACCGCCUUUCGCAAGCUCUGCGAGGAGGAGAACGAGAUUCGGAUUUGGUUUCACUGCAUCGAGGACAAACUCCGCGAGCGUCUUGCCAAGGCCAGUACAGAGUCCUUUUAUCUUCUCGUCUGUUUUGACCAGCUCUACGCAAAGGAAGCGCAGGGCGAGACCCGGAUUCACCGCGAGGAGCUCGAGGAGCGGACGGCCCUGCGCAAGCGCUAUUUCCUGACCGCCCCGCCGGACUUCUUCCGGCAGCUCGUGAUCCAGCGCUACGGGGUGACCAACCCCCGCCGGACCAUUGUCGACCGCGAGCUCACCUUCGACGAGAUGGAGGCCGAGGAUCGCGACCUGAUCGAACAGGAGGAGUUCCGCAGCCGCUCUGAGCUCUUUAAAAUCCUCCACGAGGCCUACCAAACGCAGCUUUUCAUAGUCAACCACCUCGAGGUCGUCGCGCGACAGCUGAUUGUAGAUCUCGCGCAGGAGGUGAUGUACCCUGUCUUGGCGGAAUGCUGUCGGGAGUCUUUUUCCUAUACCUUCUACCACAUCCCCGCGACUUUUCUCCACGUCUUUCCCCAAAAUCGCUUUGCCGUCUUCCAGGAGCUUUGCUUGGAGCGGGCGGAUCAAAUCACGGAGCGCGCGAAGAUCCCGGUCUUUCCAGAAUAUGAACUUCCUCUCAAAAUAACGGAGCCGUCGACCGAGGAGAGUUCCAUCAAUGAGUUGGAAGUCCCGCUGGAGACGGAGAAGCCCAUCGUUGACGUCGUCCAAGACGAAUCCAGCAACGCGCAAAGAAAAGAGUCCGGGGAGGUUUCCUCGAUUUACACGGUCAACGAGCCGACGAGCGGGCGAGGGAAGCAUUCUUUGCACACCGUAAGGUUCUCCUGCGAGGACGAUGUCGAUGAGCCACCGCAAGAGCGGCCCUCUCUUUCUCAUUCCGAGCAUUCCACUAAGAAUCUUGAGUUCCUCUCGCAGGGAUCCGAUAGGAUUUCGUCAAUGAAGGCGUUUGAAUCGAGUCCUCGGCAUGAAAAGUAA